AUGAAGGUGAUCCCGAGCAUCAUGGCAUUUAGUGCCCUCGUCGCUGCCCUGGUCUUCAGCCCCGAGAAUGCCCACGCCGCCAUCGUGGAAGCCGAGCCCGGUACUGAGCUUUUCGAACAGUUCCGUCCGGUUUACCACUUCGUGGCUCGUGAAAAGUGGAUGAACGACCCGUGCGCACCCUACUACGAUGAAGACACUGGUUUGUAUCACAUGUUCUACCUGUCGAACCCGAACUCGACGAUCUGGGGCAACAUGACGUGGGGUCACGCCGUGUCAAAGGACCAGGUGACCUGGAAGGACUACCCGCAUGCUCUUCUGCCAUUCCAGGACAAGUGGGACAACCUCGGCGUGUUUUCGGGUUUCGCGAUGAACAAUGCUAUUGACGGCAAGCACACCAUCUUCUACACGGGUGUCACCGCCCUACCCAUUUCGUGGAAGAAGGAGUACCUCUUUGGUGAACACGUGAUGUACGCCACCACCAGCAAUGGUGGUUCGACGUGGCACAAGGGCACUAAGCCGCUCAUUGAGCUACCGCCCAAGGGCAUGAACGUGACCGGCUGGCGUGAUCCGAUGCCAUUCCACUCGCAGUCUUUGGACAAGCACUUCGGCUUCGACGCCACCACCGGAAGCAACUAUCUGUUGGUGGCCGGUGGCAUCCACAACGCGGGUCCGCGUAUCUUCCUCUACCAUUCCGAAGACUACUUGGACUGGGAGUACAAGGGGUUUCUGCUCGCACAGGAAAAAAACGUAAAGUUCUCUCGUUACAGCGCCAACUGGGGCUACAACUUUGAGACGACCAUUUACCGUGAGAUGAAGGAUGAGGACGGUGAAUUGCACAACGUUAUGCUGUUCGCUGCUGAAGGUGAGCCGAACCGGUACCCGAUGUGGGCCACUGGUACGUUUGGUGCCGCCGGCAGCGACAGCGGCUCGGGCUCUGAUGAAGGUCUAUUUACCCCCCUCAUGGUCGGCAUAUCGGACCGCAGCGACUGGUACGCGAACAGCAUUUACACGGACAAGCACGGCAAGGACGUGAUGAUUGGUUGGAUCACUGAGGACAACAACUUCGCCGAAGGACAGCCCCAGGGCUGGGACGGUGUCCUGUCGGUCCCUCGUGAGGUUGGUAUCGCCAUUGUGCGUGAUAUCUACGAUGCAGACGACCACCUGGUCGGCCAGGGCGACUGGAUCGUGUCCGACACUAAGAACGUCUCGCUGGCUGACGGCUCGACCGUGGAGAGCAAGACGAUCAAGACGUUAAAGGUGCGCCCGCUGAGCGAUUUGAAGCUGCUACGUAACCCCGAGACUCUGGAGGAAGUCUACAGUAUGGCGUUGAAUGGCAGAUCGCGGGCGCUGAAGUCCAAGGGCAAGUCGUUCGAGAUCAAGGCCCAGGUGGCGAACUUUGAGCGCGGGACGCAGGUGGGUUUCACUGUGCGUCACAGCAAAACGGGCGAUGAGGCAACCACAAUUGUGUACGACGACAAGAAGAAGAUGGUGAUCAUCGACCGCACCAGCAGCUCCAACGCCGAGUGCGCUGUCUUUGAGGACAACAAGGUGACUCCUGUCGACGACCCGGUGUGGGGCCACUUCUACCUCUACGACGUUUUCGAGUCUGUCUCUGAUCUGGAUGCUGCUUCGCACUCGGACGCUGGAUCUGAUGAGGAGGUUGAUGAGAAUUCAGACUCGGCUGAUCAGGCGGACUCGGACUCGGAGGCGGACAGCUCGGAGGCGGACAAGGACACGUACAAGGUUACGCGUGAGAACCUCAACUUCCACCUGUUUGUGGAUGUGUCGACGGUGGAGGUGUUCGUGAACAACCGCUUCGCUCUUUCCGCUCGGAUCUACCCGUGCGGUGAGGCCUCGAAUGGGAUCUCGCUGACGGCAUCAGGUAAGACCACUUUCGAGAAGGUGCAGGUAUGGACCGACCCCAAGCAUGCGUGGCCGGCUAAGCGUACGGUGCCUACCAAGCAGGUUCACAAGAAGACUGGGAAGGUCGUUGACGAGUAA